GUGUCAGUGGACUCAGUGGAUUCAUGAAGACGAGUGUCUCCUCUCUGUUGGACUGGCAGAACAAUUAAUGUGGCCGGAGCGGAGUGCAUGAAGGAGGAGAAAAUGAAUGUGGAGGCUCUGAGCCGAGCAGAGCUGCUGACUCUCCUCAGUAUUUUGGAGGGGGAGCUGGAGGCCCAGGAUGUGGUCAUACACACCCUCAGGGCUCAACACAGAGAUGCUUUCAUCCAGGAGCGUUAUGGCCACUAUGACCUUAGCGAUCCAUUCCUGGCGCUGCAGCGGGACAACGAGUCUGCGGAGCGCCAAAGCACACUCACCCAGCAUCACACACACCUGCAGGGUCGGGCAGUGGGCCCGAAUCCUCUGGCUGUCCUCAAACUCGUCAUGGCUCACUGCAAGAGGAUGCAGGACAGGAUGAUGGGGCAGCUGGCUGCUGCUGAGAGCAGACACAGGAGGAUGAUAGCUGAUCUGGAGGAGGAGAAACGUCGGCACGCCCAGGACUCUGCACAUAGUGAUGAUUUAACCGUCAUGCUGCAGACAGAAAGAGACCAACUGCUGCAACAGUUGGAAGGGGAGCGUGACAGUGUGCAGAGGUUGGAGAAGGAACAGGCACAGCUGGUGAGCAAGGUAGAGGAGUCACUGUCCCAGCAGCAGCGGCUCUCCUCCACUCUGACCCUGGAGCUCCAGAAGGCCAGCGGCCAGGCUCAGGAGGAGGCUCACAAGGUCUCCCAACUUCAAACCUUGCUCCUAGAAGAGACCAGUUCUCUAGAGAAGCUCAGGGGGAUCCUAGAAAAUGAGAGGAGCAGGGCGGCCCAGCUAGAGGCCAGGUCUCAGAAGCAGCAGGCUGAGUUUGACUCCGAACUAGAGCGAAUGAAAGCCAGGGUCAGCAAAGAGGAGGAGAGGAGUAGGGAGUUGGAGAGACAGGUGGAGGAGCUAAGGAAGAGGUUGGCUGAGCCUGAAGGAGGUAAAGAGAGCGUAGAGGAGGCUGUGACGGAGGUGAAAGAGUCACUUCCCAAGGCAAUGGUGGUGUCCACCUCUGCUCAGACUGCACCGGAUGGAAAGGUAACUGUCACUCCUAAAUCCACCUCACUGUCAAAGGUCAACGGCCAUCACAAUCAUAAAGAGACAGAACCAACUCCAGAGGGGAGGGGAGCAGACAAUGUAGGGCUGAUAGAGAAUGGGGGAGCCACACCUUUGCAUUCCCCUCUUCACCCUCACCCUCACUCUCCCUCCAGCACAGCCUCCUCCUCUCUCUCCUCCUCCCCCAUUUCCUCCCCCAUCCUUGCCAAGCGCCUUGGCAGCCCGGGCUUACAUCAGUCCUCCUAUCAGGCCGGAAUCAACCAGCGAUUCCAGGCCGCCAGGCACAAGUUCCAGAGCCAGGCUGAGCUGGAGCAGCAGCAAGGUGGCCCGCUUUCCCCCAGGGACCUCUCCCCCACCACCUCCUGCAUUCCUCCCCCACCGGAGCACAGCACAGCUAAGCAGCUGGCCCGCAACACUGUCACUCAGGUGCUGUCCCGCUUCACCAGCCAGCAAGCGGGAGUCAAGCUGGCCCCACUCAGCAGCUCACCGUUCGGUACAGACUACCGCAACCUAGCAGCGUCCCCUCCUGGUGGGAGGUCGCCGUCUUCAGGGCCCCUAUCUCCAGGCAUCCGCUCCCCCCUCACUCCUCGCUCAGAGAGAACCCAUCCUCCUCCAAUCCCUCCCAAAAAGCCAGGCAUGAGUCCAACUCCAGGCUCCCCAAGUCACUCUGCUCGGAGCAGCCUCUUCCCCGAGCUGACCGGAACCUGUGGGCAAAGCAACAACAGCCAGGAAGGAGCCAAGGAAUCAGACCUUGUUUUAUUUUCUAGCAGCUAACGGCCAGAGUAUAUAAACUCACAGCUAAACGAGUUAGGCCUUCAUCAACAUUUAGCGUAAUUUUCAUUUUUACUGGGGCUCAAGCCCACUUCAUAGCACUCAUCAGUAGAUGGACUGGUUCAUAUCACAGACUGUAUACAGAUGGAUGACGUGUCCCCACUUUCUCCCAUCGUUUACUCAAAUAAAUACACCGAGUACAGGUGCCAGUAGAGAUUGUGGGACAAUGCCCAUACAUUUGCUUGACCAAUCAGUCUCAGCUGUCAAUCAAAAUGAUCAAUCAACCUAUUAUAAUAUAACUAAAACUAAACGUACUGUCAAAAAGAAAACUUGAACAUACAUCAGUGUGAUAAGAACUAACUAAAACAGAAACCAUCUCGUACUUUAAAUGUGUACUGGUUAGACUAUCAAGAUGAUUUGGCUUCACUUUUGGGGAGCUGUCAUGUCGUCCAUCUUUACAUAGAGUCUAUGCACCACUACCCCCUAGUCUUUUAUUGAUUAUUUCAUAGGAUUUAAUAUUUUUUACAUCCCUGUCUUUGUUUCUUUAUGUAGAAUAUUUGAGUUUGAAAUUUUAGAGUAAAAUAAUAUUUAUGUUAUUUUCCACUUAAACCCUAUAUUAGGGGUGUUGAGAAACCAUAUAUAAAGAGAACUGUUGACUUUUAAACACAAAGUGUCAGUGUGAUCUUAAAGCACAGCCCUCCUUAUCACACCCCUGUAAUGCCUCAAGCUGCCUGUUAGAAUAAAACAAGAGUCAGAUACAACACUGUGUAGCUAGUGGAGGGGCCAAAAUAUGGAUGUAGAGCAUAGCGAAAGUGUAGCUGUCACCAUGUCACAAUAAAAUAAUAACUUUAAAAUGUUUUGCCAACUGGCUCUUAUGCAGCUGUUGUGGACAUUGGCCAUGAAAAUAGUAUACUGUAAAUAAUUAAAUGAACAAUAUCACUUGCAUGUGCUGUUUUUUUUUUUCUACUAGUCACGGAUACACUGAAUCUUGUCUUGAAAAAGGGAGAGCACACUUUGCACUACAUUUCUCUAAGACACUGUAUGUCUACAAUUUCAGAUGUUUUAUUCAGGGAACAAUUCAUUUCCGCUUCACUCAAACCAAGAAGGACUGAGUCCUGUGCCGAGAACCAUUUGGUAUAAAGGGUUGAAUCUUGCUACUGUAACUAUAGAAUUGUGUGUUUUCCUAAUGAUGCUACAUGUUUUAUUUUAUUUGACAUUUACUGUGUUUUAUGUUUUGUUUUCUAGCCUUAAAAAACAAGAAUUCAUUGAAAGAAAUUAUUUUAGCCUUUUGAUUUAAAUUUGUCAAUUUAUAUAGACACUGCUUAUCUGUGAGGGGCGAUGUCCCUCAGCUUUCUCUAGAAAAUAUGCAUAUGUUGAACACCUGCAACACCUAGUGGUAUUUUAAAUAAAUUGCAGAUGC